AUGGAGAAGAAGUUGAAAUCGGUGCAACUGAAAAGGCAUCAAGCGGUCGAAUUGGUGAAAAGUAUAGAACAGUUUACGAUCGGCUACGUCGAGGAAAAUGCCAGUGAAAUACCAGUGUGUUUGGAACAACUAGAAAGGUAUUAUGAGGACUUCCUACAUGCAAAUGCGAAAGUGAUGGAACUCGAUGAGGAGGCCACAGAUGCGAGUGUAACUGAGCGGUGUGAUAUGGAUACACGGUAUCGUCGCGUUAAGGGCUUUCUUCUACGAAAGCAACCACCUCCUACGGCCGCGCAAAAUAUGUCGAAUGAGUCGAUGCUAUUAGCGAGCUCGACUCUCAAUAGUUCGGGACGAUCAGGUGCAGUAAAUUUGUGGCUUCCAAAAAUCGAAUUGCCUACGUUCGAUGGCGAUUCCACCAAGUGGUUAACGUUCCGCGACCGAUUUGUGGCGAUGAUCGACAGUGCCAGUGAGAUACCGAAUAUAAUGAAGCUGCAGUAUCUGCUGUCCUCCUUGAAGGGCGAGGUUGGUUUGCUUUUCGAGCACACCACAUUGACAGCAGACAAUUACGAGGUGACGUGGGCUGCCUUGCUGAAGCGGUACGAUAAUCCACGUACGCUGAUCCGGGAGUACUAUCGGAAAAUUCAUCACCUGCCGGCCGUGAGCUGUGACAACGUGGACGAUUUGGCGCUGCUCGUCGAUGAAUUCACGCGGCAUGUGAACGGGCUGAAGAAGCUCGACGAACCGGUGGACACCUGGGACACGCCGCUCGCCAACCUGCUUCUGAUGAAGCUGGAUUCGUCGACCAUUCUGGCAUGGGAGAACCACUCAGCACAACAUAAAAAAGAUAAGUACAAGGAAUUAGUAGACUUUUUGCAAGAUCGUGUACGAAUAUUAAAAUCAUCGCGCGAGUUUUCCAAUAACGGUGACGGCAGUUUGAGAAUGGUGGCCGGCAACAGAAGGGUCUCCGACCAUAGGCCGAGAAUUGUGGGCAAUGCUGCAACUGCAAGGAGAACUUCGCCGAAUGUUUCAGCUCAACAGUGUGUUUUGGGUUGUGCAGAGCUUCACAAUCUGCGCAAUUGUCCUGCAUUCUUGCGAAAGGACGUACAGCAACGCCGUGAAGUAGCCACCCGUGAGCGACUGUGUUGGAACUGCCUCAAUCGCAGUCAUCAUGUGAGGGAUUGUCGUUCCGCGUUUAAAUGCACUACGUGCAACGCACGCCAUCACUCCUUGCUGCACGUAACGCCAAUUGUCACAAUGGUUGCGCAGUCGGAUGAUGAAGUGGUUCUGCUGGAAACAGUCCAACUACAACUGGUAGAUGAUCAUGGCAAUAAACAUACAGCACGAGCACUGUUAGAUUCCGGAUCGAUGUGCAACUUUAUCUCCGAAUCUAUGGCCCAUCGACGGUUGACACCGCUGUCCAAAGUAAGCAUUGCUGUAUCGGGUAUAGGGCAAAUCAAACAGCACGUAAAGGGUUCCAUCACAGCGACCGUUCGAUCGCUAGGAGAAGACUUCCAUUCGUCAAUGGAAUUUCUAGUGCUCAAGACUCCGUCAGCUGAAAUUCCAACCAUUCCCAUAAACAUUGCGAAAUGGAACAUCCCAAUCGUACAGUUGGCAGACUCGUCUUUCCACGUUCCGGGAAAGGUCGAUGUUGUAAUUGGUGGAAACACGUUCUGGGAGAUACAUACUGGAAGGAAACAGUCAUUGGGUAACGGAAGGCCAUGGCUGAUAGAAACUGCGUUUGGAUGGGCGGUCUCGGGGAAUACUUCCCAACUUGCUGGCCCCAAUCUACGAUUGUGUCACACGGCCGCCAACGAAGGUGCCAUCGAACGCUUGCUCCAGCGGUUUUGGGAGGCUGAGAGUAUUAUGGAAGGUCCUGCCUUGUCAAUUGAGGAGGACAUGUGCGAAAAACAUUACGUAGCUACCACGAGCCGUAAUGCACAAGGUCGCUACAUUGUGUCUUUGCCGCGAAGCCCCAAACCUGAAAGAACGCUGGGUUUGUCAAAAGAGAUAGCAGAUAAUCGUUUACUGGGUGUAGAACGUCGACUGAAGGCCAAUGCUGAAAUGGAAAGGGAAUAUAUUAAAUUUAUGAGAGAGUAUGAGUCGUUGGGACACAUGAUCAAACUCACGGAACCCGUUGAUGACAACAAACCACAUUGCUACAUUCCUCAUCACGCGGUAGUCAAAGAGACCAGUACAACAACCAAGGUGCGUGUUGUUUUUGAUGCAUCCUGCAAAACAACAUCUGGCUACUCGCUAAACGAUACUCUGCUGAUUGGUCCAACAGUGCAGGAUGAUCUGCUUACAAUCAUCCUACGCUUUCGAAAACACGCUGUCGCAAUAGUGGCAGACGUAGAGAAAAUGUACCGGCAGAUUCGUCAUUGUGAAAACGAUCGAAAUCUAUUGCGCAUACGUUACCGUGAAUGUCCCUCCGAUCCCAUUUCCACGUAUGAGUUGCAAACGGUGACCUACGGUACCGCAACAGCACCAUUUCUAGCUACUCGAACGCUACAACAAAUUGCGCACGACCACAAACAACAAUACCCUUUGGCAGCCGACCCAGUGCUACAUGACUUUUAUGUGGAUGAUUUGUUGACUGGAGCAGAAGAUGUAGUAGAGGCCGUUGGAAUGCGAACGCAAAUUUCGCAAAUGCUUGAAUCGGCAGGUUUCCUCUUGAAGAAGUGGGCAUCUAACGUCUCCGAAGCGCUUGAAGGAGUUCCGAGCGACGAUCUAGCGAUCAAACCAGUUCUAGACUGGCAGGAAGAUCAAGCGAUUUCAACAUUGGGCUUGGUUUGGGAACCGUCUAACGACAUGCUACGGUUCAGAGUCGACCUUCCACGACCAGCUCAAGAGCUUACGCGAAGUUUGGUCUUGUCUUACACGGCCAGAAUCUUCGAUCCCCUGGGCCUACUAGGGCCAACGGUAAUACUUGCCAAAAUGUUUCUGCAGCGAUUAUGGGGGUUGAAGCAAGACGGCAAAACGCUUGAUUGGGAUCGCGCACUACCAAUGGACCUGCAAGAGGAAUGGAGAAAGCUGCACAAUACAUUGUACUCGCUACGCGAAUUACGAGUGCCUCGGUUUGUUUCACAAUCCGGCACAGAAUACCUGCAGCUACAUGUAUUCGCUGAUGCUUCACAAGGAGCAUAUGGAGCAUGCUGCUAUGUACGAGCAGUAUCCGCAAGAGGCAUCCAGGUCAGAUUACUAGCUGCCAAGUCCAAGGUGGUAGCGUUAGCAAACACGAACUCAAUCGCCCGGUUGGAGUUGUGUGCAGCACGGCUAGCAGUACACCUAUUUCAGAAGGUGGUUUCUGCACUCAUGGUGUCAGCUACGGCUAUCUGUUGGACAGAUUCGAUGACAGUAAUGCACUGGCUGAACUCAUCACCGCGUCGCUGGAAACCAUUUGUGGCCAACAGGGUGGCACAAAUACAGGAAGAAACGCGUAUCUCCAGCUGGCGUCAUGUUCCUGGAGUUGAUAACCCGGCGGAUGACAUCUCGCGCGGGCUGAGUCCGGAAGAAUUGCUGCAGUGUACACGUUGGUGGCAUGGACCGAGUUGGCUGUCCUACGGACAAGAGAAGUGGCCCCAUGAUCAACCGGCGAUGAAGGAAGGCGAGGCUGACAUCGAAGAGCGACUGGCAGUCUCACACAUUGUCACUACAUCUACGAUGUGUGAUUUUAGCAACAUACUGUUCGCCAAAUACUCAAGGUAUGUCAAGUUAAGGAGAGUUGUGGCUUUCUGCUUGCGGUUCAUCACAACGCUUAAGGCAACCAAGGCAUCAUCGUGCAAGCGCGUUAAGGUAAAGGCGGACAUCAAGACGUUGCUGCACUCCGUUCCACCGCUUACAGCAGAGGAGCUACAGCAAGCCGAGCUGCGUUUGUGCCAGCUAGCACAACAGGAGUCGUUCGCGGAAGAGCUGGUCGAUCUACAACGAGGGAAGCAGGUUAGUGCGAGAUCAAAGCUGAAGUGGUUGUCCCCAUACAUCGACGCACAGGGUGUGUUACGUGUCGGUGGCCGGCUAGGUAAUGCCAACAUCCCAGAGGCAACGAAGCAUCCGACAGUUCUUGCAGCAUCACAUCGUCUGUCAGUGCUAUUGGCAGAAAGGGUCCAUCAGCAGGAAAUGCACGCCGGACCACAAGCAAUGUUAACCAUACUGCGGCAGAAGUUUUGGUUAAUUGGAGGCCGAAAUAUGGUAUAG